GAUCAACCAGCCCUUAUCAAACGAUACGAUGGUAAAAAUAAACAAGGGUACAAACAAUGGAUCAGGGAUGUCAAGCUACUCCAAAAUCUCUAUCACCCUAACCUUCCACAGAUGCUGGGUUUCUCGGAAGAGGAAUCAUUGACCCCGUUCGUGCUACUAUCCAAUGGUCAGCUUAUCACUCUGCCUUCUUGUUGUCGUCCUUAUGUCUUCAUUCGAAAGUUCAAACGCAGACACCUCAAGCCCUUGUGCGGGAUGCUCUGCGUUCUGCUAACCUAGCUACGUGUGCGGAGCUAAUGUUACGCUUUUACCGCGAUCUCUCGGUCGGUCUCAUUCCCUUUGUCACCCUUGCCUGAACAAACUUGUAUCCAAGGACACAGCAAUGUAUGUUCAGAGACAGCUUAAUUUAGACGAUAGCAAGCUUCAGGACUUCUUUGAGAGCGCGACGUUUAGAGUUGAUCGCUAUAAGACCCUGGUAGUAGGCCUACCUCCACCUACGGAGGGCACGU